GGCCGCGCGGGUCCCGGCUGGGCGGCCCGUAGGGAGCGAGCUCGGGGUCAGGCGGGCGCCCGCGACGCACGCCAUGGAGCCCCAGGCGGGGGGCGGCGGCGGCUGCGAGGAGGACGACUGCGUGGACUCUGGAGCCGAGACCGGAGGGUCCGACUACAGCCACAUGUCGUCCACCAGCAGCGAGCUCUCGUUGGAAGAGGCGCAGGACCCCUUCCUGGUCAGCAUCCACGUCAUCGCAGACCCCGGAGAGGCCCAGCACCUGCAGGCGGCCAUCGACCAAGUCUUGGCCUGGAUCCACCCGGACCUGCAGCUGUUCCGCGUGUCCGAGCGGGGGGUGCCGCGGAGGCGCAAGAGGCUCCCCAAGGCCGCGCAGCCGGCCCUGGCGGUGGUGCUCUUCCUGCAGGAGGAGUACGGGGAGGAGCGGAUCCUGCAGCUGCACAGCAGGCUGCAGCGGCCGCCCUGGCGCCACCACCACACGGAGCGCGUGCAGGGCCGCCGCCUCCCCUACCUGCCCUGCAGCCAGGACUUCUUCGCGCUGGCCCCGGGGACGCCGCUGUGGGCCGUGCGGCCCGUGCACUGCGGCAAGGAGAUCGUGCGCUUCACCGUCUACUGUCGCCACGAGAACUACGCCGACCUCCUCAGCUUCUAUGAGCUGGUUCUCCAGCGGAGCCCCAGCCGGAAGAAAGCGGACUUCUGCGUUUUCCCCAUUUUCUCCAGCCUGGACGUGGACAUCCAGUUCUCCCUGAAAAGACUGCCCGGCGGCCAGGCCCCCGUCCCCACCGACGCCGCCGUGCUGGAGUUCCGCGUCAGGGACAUCGGCGAGCUGGUGCCGCUCCUGCCCAACCCCUGCAGCCCCAUCAGCGAGGGCCGGUGGCAGACGGAGGACCACGAUGGGAACAACAUCCUUCUGCAGGCACAGAGGGUGCACAAGAAGUUUCCCAAACCCAGCAGAGCUCCCCCCUCCUCAGAGAAGAACCCACAUUCCCUGCAGUCACCAAGCACCGCGGCACCGAGCUGCACACCAGAUGGUCCACAGCUGGGGCGCGGUCCAACGGGCCUGGCCAGCACAGACCAGCACGCAUUUGCCAGGCAAGCUGGCAGCCCUCCUGGCCAUCCCUGGUCUUUCCAGAGAAGCAAGUCCUUGUUUUGUUUGCCCACUGGCGGCCCCUGCCCGGCCUCCUUGGCUGAACCACAGUGGUGCUCGCACCCGGGCCCCCCCGGACACAGGGCACCAGAUUGGGGGCACAGCCACCCCUUCUCCAUCGACAACCUGGAAGGGGUGCAGGAGACUGACGUGGACACGGGCCUGAGGCUGUCCUCCUCCGACCUCUCGGUGGUUUCUGCAUACUCUGCGCCCAGUAGGUUUUGCAGCUCUGCGGAAACGUCCCUCUCCUCGGAAGGACGCGGCAGCCACUGGUCAGAGCGCAGGGGUCCCAGAGAAGGACUGCUGCCAGCCGUGAGCACGGUGGCCACAGAGGCCUCCUGGGUGUCCCUUCCUUUCUCCACCAAAGGCUCUUCCAGCUCCUCGGUGACAUCUCUUGCUUCUCACUCAGCUUCUGGCGCCUGCUUACGCAUAGGCUCAUCUCCAGAGCCCCCAUGCGAUGCUUCCAAAGACAAACCAAGUGGCAGAGACAGCCCACCAGCCCCAGCAGCGGGGGACAGUGAAAUGGAGGAAUUCUACAUCUAAACGGUGCACCCCCAGCCCCCACCCCUCACCUCCCAACACACCUGUUUUUCAAACAAACUCAGAGACACAGGCUCAGGAACCCACCGUCCCUCUGGUCUCUGAACACCAGUUUUCUUAGUUUUCCUUCCACGGGUCUGUGUGGGAAUUAAUUUAUCUGUUUCAAGGGGAUCCCUAGCACAUUUGCUGUACCACCCAUUGUAGGCCGAAGUGAUAUAUUUCUAGGGACUCGGUGGGAAAAUACUGGCAUUUUUAGGCAAAAUAAAUCUCACCAACCUUGAGUCAUAGAAUAUAUUUUUCAGAUAUUCAACUCAGUCUGAGAUAUGGUUUUGAGUGCUUAUACAAUUUAAAUGCUUCCUAUAAUUAUUUGAAAAGAGGAGAAAAUCUAGUCACCUGGAGCUGAUUUGGCAAUUUUUCAUGCUGUGAAGGAACAACAAUUAAAGCCAAAAUGUUCAGUUAGGAGAAGGAUGCUAAGUUACUCAUGUGAGGGUCAGAACAUGAUAGCAUAAGGCACAUCUCGCUGAAUUCUCUGAAUAUAUUUACAUCAUCAGGGAGCAGUAGCCCUAAGAAUUUUCAAGUAUUGCUUAUAGUGAAAAAGUCAGCUUGAUAAAACAGCUGUAAACAUCUAUUAAGCAACAGGUAAUACCUCCCUUUGAAGCUUUUGGAUUUACACAAAAGUUAAAUUCGAGGCAACUAACAGGCUUUAUACAGAUUUAGCAUAAUAACAGAUGCUUGGUGCAUUAAAAAUAUGAUUUGAUUUCCAAAAAACUAGAUUUGCAUACCCUUUUCAACACUACAUUUACUGUAAUGAGUGAGGAUCUACAGAAGAUCCUUCCCCUACUGAAUUUAUUUUAUCAUCAGGGAAGACUCAUUUACUGGAGUUACAGAGUACGGGAUAUUAGAUGUAAUGGGUAGAUAGUCUUAAGAUUUUUUAUUUUGGAAAACCAAACUCUAAGGGCCGUAUAUAUCCAUAUAAACUCCAGUAAACAUGCAUUGUCACAUGCUCUGUGUUUUUCCUUUUUAAAUAAUGUGUAGCAUUUUAACUAGCACUUCCAUUGCACUGAUGAAUAAAUGCCCCCACUGCCCAAAUGGGAAAUUUUACAUGGAGGUUACACCUUCCCAAACAAACCUGCUGCACUCCUUCCAUGAAUGUAGUGGAGCCUUUGCUAACACCAGAGAUUCAGCCUGAGCCUUCCUUUCCCUGCUUGUGGUCCUUUUCUGUCCCAGCCUUCCACCCCUACCCCAGUGACCACUUUGUUUACAGUUCCAACCUGGGUAAGGCCCAGUGCUGGCGUUGGGGCCAACGCUGAGCUGCCGUUGAAUGCCAUUGACCUUUUGGGGAAGGAGAACGUGAAUCUGGCCUUGCUCAUUUCCCAGUCUGGUGCUUUUUACUGCAACUACUCUUGGCCAAGUUUUCAUCUCUCUAGAAGUACCCACACUAGCGUCAAACUGAGCUGAAGCCUCGAGUGUUUGCCAUUCCUGGAAUAGCCUUAGAUACUGUCUCAGGGGUCCUGGAUUUUCCGGGACUCUGAAUUUUAAUAUUCUAGCUCCAAUUAAGGUUCUAAACUGUGGCUCUAGACCAGGUGUGAGCAAACUUUUUCUGAAAAGUGCCAGAGAGCAAAUAUUUUAGUCUUUGCCCACCACAUUGAUCUCUGCAGCAACUACUCAAUUCUGCUGCUGUAGCACAAAAGCAGUCAGAGAAAAUUCAAAACCGAAUGGGAGGAGCUGGGUGACAAAAAAAUUUUAUUUAUACAAACAAGUGAUGGGCCAGAUUUGGCCCAAGGUCAUAGUCCACCAACUGCUGCUCUUGACUGUUGCCUGAAGUUUAUUCAAUAUCCCAGCCACCCUCGACAACAAAGAAUCUAAGUCUGCACCCACUGCCACUGUGAUGCAUAAUGGCAAGAAAAUUGGCUCGUCAGGUCAAGCCAGUGACUUAACAGAACCAUGGGCUUGGAACAGGGAGGGUGUCUUUCUGCAGAACUGAUUCCUAGAAAGACACUAGCAGUCCAACUCCUGCCUAAAAAUGUUGACUCACAGUCAAUAGCCGAUGACGACAAGCAACAUGCUGACAUUAAAGAGGAAAGGUAAUUAAAGCAGCCCCCAGGGAACAGGGGAGCAAUCUCAUCAGUAGCACAAGUCGAUGAGGAUACAAGGAAAGGGACCAACCGCCAGGUGAUGGGCCCCCUUCUUCAUUCCUAAUCAGCACCCCUGGUGUACUCAGGCACCCCUACAAUUGCUUUGGACCCCAACUCUCAUAUGCACCAGCCUACCCUCCUCCCAAUCUAGUCUCAAACUUCAGGGACCCCAAAGGAUGUGCAAAGAGAGAACCAUUCAGAAGCAGGACGUGCAAAAUGGGAAGAAGGGAAGGGAAGUCAGCCAUGGAUCACACCCCGAUGUUCCCAUGGCGUGAUUGGGAAACCAGAGUCGCUCCAAGGAGAAGGAGUCAUGGGCCCAUGUUUGACAAAGGCCCUGACCUCUAUUUCUGGCCGUGCCACCAGCAUUCUCCUCACUCGGGAAAGGUCCUGACCCUCAGUCACUGGUGGACCUGGACUCUUCUGGAGUAUUAUUUUGGGCAAGAUGCUGGCAUCCUGUAGGUGCUCAAUAAAUUC